CGCGGUGCAUUGUGGGACGGGAGAGGAGAGUCACUGCUCAGCCAGGGCCGCCAUCUUGGCUGCGUCCGGACUCGGUCCUGCUCCCGGGGCCUGUUCCUUCUCCUCGCAGCGCAAAGCGGAGGAAAGAGAGAAGACGAAGGGCCAGCCCGGGCGGUGCUGAUGCGUGCAGAGCCUCCUCGCACCUCUCCCGGGCGCCGCUAGCAGAGGGGGCGGGGGUGGUCGAGCGGUCGCCGGCGCGGCCUCUCCUCUGUCGGGAUGGGUCGGUCCCGCAGCCGGAGCUCGUCCCGCUCCAAGCACACCAAGAGCUCCAAGCACAACAAGAAGAACCGGAGCCGAUCGCGGUCCCGCUCCCGAGAAAAGGAGCGGGCAAGGAAGCGCUCUAAGUCCCGGGAAAGCAAGCGGAACCGGCGCCGGGAGUCCCGCUCCCGUUCGCGCUCUAACACGGCCCCCUCCUCCCGGCGCGACAGGGACCGGGACCGCGACCGCGCCUCCUCCCCCCCCGACCGUAUCGACAUUUUCGGGCGCACGGUGAGCAAGCGCAGCAGCUUGGACGAGAAACAGAAGCGGGAGGAGGAGGAGAAAAAAGCGGAGUUCGAGCGGCAGCGGAAAAUUCGUCAACAAGAAAUUGAAGAGAAACUCAUAGAAGAAGAAACUGCUCGAAGGGUGGAAGAACUUGUAGCUAAACGUGUAGAAGAAGAGUUGGAGAAAAGAAAGGAUGAGAUUGAGCGAGAGGUUCUCCGCAGGGUGGAGGAGGCUAAACGCAUCAUGGAAAAACAGUUGCUCGAAGAACUCGAGCGACAGCGACAAGCUGAACUUGCAGCACAAAAAGCCAGAGAGGAAGAAGAGCGUGCAAAGCGUGAGGAACUAGAGCGAAUACUAGAAGAGAAUAAUCGAAAAAUUGCAGAAGCACAAGCUAAACUGGCUGAAGAACAAUUGAAAAUUGUUGAAGAACAAAGAAAGAUUCAUGAGGAGAGGAUGAAACUAGAACAAGAGAGACAGCGUCAGCAAAAGGAAGAGCAAAAAAUUAUUCUGGGCAAAGGAAAGUCUAGGCCAAAACUGUCCUUCUCCCUAAAAAGCCAGGAUUAAAUUUCAACUCUGAACUCUUAAAAGAAACAAACAAAAAACAACAAAAAAAGGAAAACAAACAAAAACUUUGUAUGGUAGCUUCAUGUUGAAGUGUUUUUUGGUUUUUUUUUUUUCUUUCUCUCAAAUUUUUUUUGUCUUUUUUGAAGUUGGAAAGUUAGCUUGUUCUAAUAGGGGCUGUGCUCUGCAAUUCUUAUUUUUUUUAAACUUCCAUUAAGUUAAACCCUUAUCAGAUCAUCAUUGCCUUUUAGAGGGUAAUCUGUUUUCAUCAAUUUUGUUUCUGUAUUGGUGGUCUGAAGCAACUCAUGUCACUUUAUGAACUGUGGAUGAUCUGAUAAGGUUUUACUGACUUACUCAUCAGAGUUUAACUCUGAUAAUUGACAGAACUUUAUACUGGGUAUUGCUGACUUUUAAUGUUUUUAUUUUAAAGUCAGUAAAUACAUGAGUAAAUUGCCAUAGUAUUACUGGACCUCUGUGGUUUAUUGUUAAAUCAGUGUCCUAUGAUACUGUCCCGUUGUUGCGCUUGAUGUUCCUGAUACAGGUAAGGAAAUAGUUUGUCAUUUCUGCUAUGAAUACAUAGAGAGAGUUCAGUAUUGUCUCUGUUAGAUUUGUUUUUAUUACAUUGACAGCAUUCAACCAGCGUUCCCCAUUGUGUAAAUAAACCAAUUUGCUGAAUAAAGUGAAAGUCUUAAAUUCA